UGUUGGUACCAACAUUUUACCAUCUAGUUUUCGGGAAAAUGUCGUGUAACCGAUGUUUUUCCGCCUGUUUCAGUGAAAAUGGCUCUUAGAAGAAAUCUUUUAGAUCUGAUUAUAUGAUUACCGUUAUCGUAACUUUUUUAAGUUUCUGUGGAAAAUGAGCAUUGAAAGAAAAAGGGAAAGUUAAGAAGUGUUAUUAUAUCUUUGACAGUAUAGAAAUUCAGUCGUUGAAAUAAGAAUUGUGAAAGAGAGCACGUGUAUAAAUUACUCUUAUUGAUUGUGUAUAGUAAUUAACAAUACAUUGGAAUACUUCGUUUUCAACAUGACAGCUACCGAAGUGAGAAAUUGGUCUUCAGAGUAUUAUAUUACAAACCAGUCAUCUUGUCAGCAAAUUUUAGACAAUUCUGAUAUAUUGAAAGAAAUACCUUUAUUGAAUGAUGUUCAGUUACACAAUAUAAAAGACAAGCAAUUGGUAAGAUUCCGAGGUAUGGUGCAGGAUAUGUAUGACCCCGAAUACUACCUUAAACAAUAUGAAGUAAAGAAUACUAGAACUGGGGAAAGCAAUGUUAGAUAUGGAAUGUACACAGAUUUAGCUUGUUGCUUGCCACAUGAAGAAAUAUUCUUUGAGUCUAACAAAAAUGAAAACUCAGAAAGGCAAACUUAUAUUGUGAUUUCUAUACCUGGUUUAAACCAGUGGGUGAAAGAAAAAAGUACAAAUGUAGAACAGUCUGAUACACAUACAAGUGCAACACACAACAAUAGUACAGGUAAACGAACUCUAAAUGAUCAAGAUGAUAAUGAUACAGAGGAAAUGGAUUGUUCAGAGCCAAUUGCAAAGAAAGAAAAAGUUCUGGGAGAUAAUAUUGACAUAAAUAUGAGUGAUAGUAAUUGUAAAGUUCAAAGUAUAGUUUCAGAAGAUCAUAUAUUGAAUUUUCCUAUCCCAAUUGAUGGAGGAAAAGCUUGCAUAGUAAAGGUUUAUGAUGGAACAAACUUGAAACUGAACCAAGUUGUCGACAUAGUAGGAUUUAUAUCGUUAGAUCCGAUGUUAAGUACAAUUCAUACUUCAGAAGAUGAGAUGAACGAAGCCGAAAUAAAUACUCAUAAUCCGCCAGCUUCUCUGGUGCCUCGAUUACAUGCAGUGAAAAUAGUAGAGCUUAACAAAUCUGAGAUUGCAAAUCCUCCGGAAAUUAUAUCCAAAGCACAGCUCAUCAGGGGCGAUUUACACAUAAUAUUGAGUCAAUUAUUAUUUGGAGAUCACUUAGCUGCUGAUUAUUUAAUAUGCCAUUUGCUCUCUGCCAUAUAUGUCAGGAAGGAUUAUUUCUGUCUCGGCGCGUUUCCUUUAAACAUAACCAAUUUUCCAGCCAGUAAACUCAGAACUUUUCCAAAAGCGUUUUAUAAUUUUUUAACGUUAUUCGUCAAGAAAAGUCACUUCUUAGAAGUGACUUUGGAAAACUUGAACGAAUUAGCUUUAAUUCCAAAGAAAGAUUAUGAAUGUAAUAGAUUGACGAGCGGUGUUCUUCAAUUAAGCGAUAACACACAUCUGGUGUUGGAUGAGACAGGCUUAACUGCCGGUGAUCUCACCGUGACCGGCAAGGAGAAUUACAAAGCGCUUUCCGAUCUGCUUAUGUUUCAGAAACUGAAAUACGACUUCAAAUAUUACACAAUGGAUUACGAAACGGAUAUUCCAAUGUUAAUCUUUUCCGAUGUAAAAUCUUUUAUUUCGUGUCCCAUGCAAGUUAUUUUAAAUGUUGAUGCAGAAUCGGAAAAUUUAUAUACUAAGGUGCUUGAAGCUGCGCUUCAAUAUUUGAAGGAAGAGAAUCGAUUGGCGAAUAUUCGUCAAUACUUGGAAGCAUUAAGACAUACGGAAUUCGUCUUUGAUGAACAAAUCACGGAGGUCGUUCAAGAUUAUUUUGUACAAAUGCGAAAUUCAAACGAGAAUAUAAAUGCGGACAAUCUGCACGCAUUGAUAGUCUUUGCCAGAUUGAUGUCUAUAUCAUAUGGAAAAACAACUCUGGAUACAGAAUGUUGGAAUAGAACUGUACAAUUGGAAACAGAGAGAAUGAGUAGGCUUCCGCAGCGCGGUUGACUGUCAAUGAUACAGUAAAGAAGAAGCUAUCAUAAUCCAACCUAUGUUAAGUGAUACUGUAUAAUUCAAAUAUUUAUUCUGUUUAUACAUCUUUGUAAUUAUCUUAUUACCGAUUAAAAAAACUAUACCAUUUUAUACAUACA